AUGGCGUAUUGCUUGCAAUCAAUUUACCAUGCAGGACUACAUCAUCGUUUCCUGAGCGUCAGUACGGGACUGAAUGAGGCGCAAGAAUCUUCUUCCAACAGACAGCAGAGCUCCCUCGUGACUUUGUUUGCUUCGUACUUCCAGAAAGCCUUGGCGGCAAACAGUCAUUACCUCCUAUAUGCGGAACCAGCUCUGUCCGACAUCCAACGCCAUAUUCUUAUGGCCUUGUUUUUGCUCAACUCUGGAGAGGUCCUAGCCGCAUAUAACAUCACCGGAGCGGCAAUUCGACUCGCGCAGUCGCUCGACCUGCAGAAACCACCGGCACCUCAAGUUCCUGCAACAGAAGCCAAGGUCCGUAGUCGUGUAUGGUGGACAUUAGUUCACCUCGAUUUUCGCUGCUCGAGAUACCUGGGUAAACCCAUGGUUGUCUCUCUAAGAGACACUACCAUUGACUUGCCAAAUGAUGAUCCAUCCACUGACCCGGCAUUUUCGGAGCUGGGGUUUUAUGUAGCCACCAUCACGUUAACAGUGGUUGGCAAAAAAGUUGCCGAGUCCUUGGCAAAUAUCCAUGACACAAUUAAUGUGAACGAUUCCACCCCACAAGUCGAAUUGUCUGCCGAGUAUCUGACCCAUGAAAUCAGUCGCUUGUUUGAAUGGAAAGAUCGUAUUGUGAAGGUGGAGCCAUUCAAGAACUUGGUGCUUGUGGGUAGCCCCAAUCAACCACAGACGCACGCAGCUGGGGUAGGAUUAAACCUUCAUGACGAUAUAUGGAUGUAUAAUCAAUCGCCCAAUCUCACUUUGCAACAAACCCUUCUUGAACUCCAAUUUCAUGACCUUGUUAUUUGGUUUCAUCGCCCAUUCAUACAGUUUCCCAGCCAUGGCCUAGUACCUCAACGCAGCCCAGGGGCCGAUAUCCAUGCAACAACAGCUCUUCGACACGCUCUGAAAGUUACGGAGAUUAUUCACCGGCGUAUGCUCAACCACGAUGCUCUUUAUGGAUGCUCCGAUGUCUAUCAAUACGUCUGGAAUGCACUCCUGACCCUUGUCGGCUUUCUAUUGGCCUAUCCUUUGUGUUAUUGGGUUCCUAUCGCUCGACAACAUGUCGAGCUAUCCUUUCAGAUUUUUGACACAGCAAAGACUUCAAAUCCCAUUGCGUCUCGGGCAGCUCAUCUGGCCCGUUACCUUCUAGGCCGAGUCGAUGCUCUCAUGGAGGUACUCAACACACAAGCUUCUGAAUCACAUCCGCGUGCCCAUUCUCCUGCCCGCGAGCAAGUCGCGGAAAGUUGGGAUCAAGUGGACCCUGAGCAAUCUUCCGGUUCUUUCUUGCCUACUCCUGGAACUGAUGAUUUAAUGUCCUGGGCGGACACGCUUGACCUCAAGGCUUGGUCGGGUUAUUGCCAUGAAAUAAAUGAUAUGUUGGUCGAUCUCCCUGAGAUUUCUCUAGAUAUAAGCUACGUCCCUAUUUAA